AAAACCUCACUGCUGGGGUUGUCUUGCUGUGUUGUUGAAGUCAGCUUCUUGACUUCUUGACUUGCUCCUUGACAAGUAGAUAACUUCAAUAAAAUGUGUCUCUUUCCAAUAGCAUUUAUUAUGAGCGCAAUCGUCCCUUGCUCAAAUGCAUUUCCCAAAAUCACAGUUUUUGAGAGCAUCCUUGACCGCCUUAUUGUGGAAAACAACCAAAUUGCAUUGAACCUAUUGCAUGAUAUUACUAUGAAAAAAGAAGAGGAUGAAUCAAUUGAAACUUUUGUGGAAACCGAAUUAAUUAGCUUUCUCCAGAAAUCAACCAGAAGCUUUCCAGGUGUGCACAACAUUACAAGAAUGAGUCUUAGCCUCGAGCAGAGGCUGAAAGAAUUCAUGGAGACUGUCGAGUGGCAAAAACCUGAUUGCGAGUGGACUUUAAAAUACUUUUCCAAGCACGUGAAUGACACUUUCAUUCGAGAUUUGUCAAUUCCAAAUUCAGAAUUUUGGCAAUCUGACACUCCAAAGAACACGCUUAUAAAAAACAACAAAUGCUUCAGACGUCGAACGAGGCUCUCAGGCUCAGAUAUUCCCGGUUCACGAAUCAGAGAAGUGAGAGCAAAAUCAGCGAAAGAUUGUCAAAGGAAAUGUUUGGGAGAGUCCGAGUGCAAAUUCUUCGUUUAUUUUUCCACCGAGCACUACCAAAUGUUCAAGCAUAAUGUUUGCCGUUUGCUCAGGAAAGAGGGCAUUCCUCAAAGGAAUCAAGUUGGACAUAUCUCAGGUCCCAAAGAUUGUUCCUAUCCAGGCAAGCAAAACAACGCUAACAAAACUAUCUUCAUGCUUGACUUGGCAAAACUGCUUGAUUUGAAGAUAAGAAACUUGAUUGACACUAGAUGUUUAGCUCAAAGGAAAUCAGUGUGGUUCCCUAUUACUGAUUUCAGGGAUGUUCAGGUAUCUUUACGAGUAGAUUGGUGCCAAACUGAUUACGACAACUUCAUUCGGCGUGUUCAAGAACGGCUUCAACUGCACUUUGGAUCACUAAAACUUCGCAAUUUUCUUUUUACGGAAGAAUUCCAAGAAGGAAAUUCAUCCGUCAAAGGAUUGGUCAAAUCUAUUCAAGAAACAACGUUUGCGGCUUUUGAGGAAGAAUGUGAUAAAAUUGACAAUGUAACAAAUGCUCGCAAAAUACAAUCCUUUGAUUUCGAUGGCGAUAGCGAAAGGGGUGCAUGGGCAGGUGUUAAUUCAAAUGAACACGACUCGAAUUUGACAUUGGUUCAAACACCACUUGUUACUUAUGAACCGCCAAUUGACAUCAUGUCCAACAAAACUAAGGCGACCCUCAAAACAGAAGCUGAGGAGCGUCCAGAUGAUCAAAUUAAGCGAGUAAAGUCAAACAAACCGUUACAAAAUAUGGAGCAGCUAGCUGAACGAGCAACCCUAAACAGACCAAAAUUAGAAGAACCAUUGUCGGAAAUUCAUUCCGUUAUCAGAACGCACCAAAUUCAUGUGGAGCAAUCAAAAGAUCUUUUCAACUCAGUUGUUGAUGAUUCAUACAAAAGAACGAAACCAGAUCCAAACCGACAAGAAUUAAUAUUUUCGCUACCAAAAAUGGAAGUGGAAAAGAAGAAAAAUAAUCGAAUAAUUAUGGAACCAGAACCAGUCGUAGACUUUGAGAAUACAGCGAAAAAGCUCCGAUUGAAAUGGGAAGAUGGCAAAACUGCGACUGAUAAAGAGAUUGAUGAACCAUCAGAAGAAUCGAUAAAAUUAUCUUUGCAAUAUGACGAUUAUAUACCAAUUAAUUCCAUUCGCAAGGGAGAUUUCUCGUCAAAACAUGUAUCUCAAAGCCAAUUUACCUUCAAUUUGGUACCUGAGGUUGCAAUUGAUAUCCUUCCACAUCAGAGCAGCAACGAAGAUACCGUAAAUGAUGGGCAAACAGCCAUUAUAUUUCCAGGACCAAAACCUCUUGUUGAUUUCGAAGCACAUGAGGAAACAAAGGAAAUAAAGAAGAUAAUGGACAAUACAACAUUUUCAACAAAAUCCAUAAUCAACAUCAACUCUAUCCCUCUUUGGUUGGAAAUAUUUAGAAAACAUCUUGUCACAGACCAAUCUCUGCCAUCUGAUUUGCAUGAAAAAACUUCCGAGUCUGAAUCACUGAUCAACACAAAAUCCUUGGCUUAUAAACCAUUAAUCAAUAGAAGUUUUCUUUUGAAGUUAGUAAACCAGGACUCGUGCUCGGGAUCUUUUUGGCAGAAACUUUACUUUGAUUUUUGCGUUAAAAAGUAAAAGUUGAGUAAUCGUAAAGCAUGCACUUUAAUUUGGAAAAUAAACCGACUGGUGGAAACCCCUCAGAUUACUUUGUUAUCAAACCUUCAGACUUCCUGUCUUCAAUGUCUUUCAGCUUCUGUAAUAUGCAUAAGAGAAUGGAGUGUUCAACUAAAGUCAAAAGACGAUUCGUUGACUUUUUGCCUUCAUCAGCAGAAAUUAAAGAAUAUCCUACAUCGAGCUCGAUAGCCAAGAUGGCACCAAGUUCUACCACCGUUCCCACCUUUAAUUCGACAGAAGUGGAAGAAGAUCUUUCUAUUGGAAGUAAUAACCAGAAUAAAGCGAACAUAUGUAACGCGCCCCAGUCCUAUCCUUGUGAACAAGCAGAAAAUAACGAGCUCACCAAUGGGGACCUGAGGGGAAGGAAUGAGAGGUUUGCAUUCCAUUCAAACAGAAAGAUCAAUGCUGAAAACCGGAACGUUACUUUCGCUACUAAAAGCCAGGUUCGCACAACGACGCAACACGGACAAUAUAUUGAUUUUGAGCAAAACGUGGAAACACUAUCCUCCACUUCCUCCUCCUCCUCGUCUUCCUCACCCAAAGAGGGAAGUGAUGAAGAGGAUGAUGCCAUCAGAGCCCAUGCCCGAGUUAUUUUAGAGAGUAUCUCUGAAGGAUUUGAAUUUCGUAAGAGAACUUUAAUCCUAAAAACCCCUCAAUUAGUGGGUAGGAGGGAUAUAAAAAACAUCAAUAUAGGCGAUAAGACACCCUGCCCAGACAAUGCCUUAUUUAAUUGUAGAGUUCUCUCAAAACAACAUGCAAUGUUCAUCUAUAAAGAAGGUUCCACCCAAUUCAUCCUAAGAGACCUGCAUAGCUCAAAUGGAACAUUUGUGAAUGGGAAGCAAAUUGAGCCUGGGGAGGGCUGCGAGAUUUUUAGCAACGACAUCAUUCAGUUUGGGCAGAACGUAAGAGAAAGAGGAGGGGAAGACGACGAGUGCAGUUCUAGCAACAACACCAACAUUCAUUUUUGUAUCGUUGCAAGGGCUCACUUGUUCUUUCCUUUGAGGAGAAUCAUUCAGAAGAAGCGCGAUUGUAGCACUGGAGAAAUGCUCAGCCUGGUCCAUGCCCGUUUGAAUGACGAAUCCUGCCUCCCUUUCAAGUUUUUUGGUCGGGAAACACAGCCUCUGCCAUGUUGUUCAUAUCAUAAUCACCAGUCUCGGAAAAAAACACGUCCCGGUUUAUCCAGCCAAAAAGUACGAAUGAUGAAUAACAAGAGAAAUGAAAGCCAACAAGCGAAAAAAAUGUUGACUGGAUUAGCAGACAAAGCCAUGACCCAAAAUGACAUACCAACCGAUGGAACUGACUUUGCUCAAGAAAUUUGCGAUGACUGUGCACGUGAUGAGAUGCAUGAAGGUAAUGAAGAUAGUCAUGAAAACAAGAUGACGCUCAUUAACAACGAGAAGAAUACUGUUUUGCGAAUACAACAGGUAGUCAAUGCUCUUACUCGAGCACAGGCUCGUUCCUUUCAUUGCAUUGAUUUACUAUCGUUUGGAAUCGUUCUCGUCGUAUCUGCCUUUAUCAUACAAUUUCAAGUCGAAACUAACACAUUUUUGAGUACAUGGUAAUGGUUAAGGUGAAAAAAAAUUAUAUUAGAGGAAUGGCAGCACUAGCACACACAUCCCCUUCCCACACCUCAACACCAUUCUUCAAUAACUGCUAAACAAUACUUAUCAUUGGCAUCAAGCCGAAGCAAGAAGCGAAAUGAGAGUCAUUGAAAAAGUUGCUUCACGAAUAGAUAGAUGGCUUUUGGAGCUCAUCCCCUUCAAUUGACUAUUUUUACGUAUCUUUAACAAGCUUGUGUGAUAUAUGCAUUGCUUUCCCUGUUUUACCACAAUUUAAUUUGUAUCCUUCUUGUGUUACUCUAUUUUCAAACUGUUGAACAUGUAUUUCAAUAAAACAAUCCACUUUAUUAGAAAAAUUUGUAAUAAAAGUGAUAAUACAAAAUGAAAAAUUAUGUUGAUUCAGACUGCUU